GAUCCCAGGCGAGGGCGGUGGUCACGGCGCCUAUGAUCGGCCAUAUUGGUGCUGGCUGCGGGUCGCCACUAUGUCCACCUUGUCAGAGAGGGAGAGGAACAAGCUGGUCCAGGAGAAGUGUCAGAGCAUCCUGUCCGACCUGCUGAAGGACGAGGACAACAAGUACUGCGUGGACUGCGACGCCAAAAGUCCCAGAUGGGCAUCAUGGAAUCUUGGUAUCUUCCUUUGCAUCAGAUGUGCUGGGAUCCACCGGAACUUGGGUGUUCAUAUCUCCAGGGUGAAGAGUGUCAACUUGGACACUUGGACGCCUCAACAAGUUGCUUGUAUCCAGCAGAUGGGUAACAGUAGAGCUCGUGCAGUCUACGAGGCAAAUAUUCCUGACAGUUUUCGUCGGCCCCAGAUGGACUCUGCGCUUGAGCAAUUCGUGCGAGCAAAAUAUGAAGCUAAAAAGUACAUCGCAAGGGAGUGGGUGCAGCCUCCUAUGCCUAACCCUACUUGGGAUCUUGAGCUUGAAAAACAACUAAGAAAGAAAAAGAGGGAAAAGACUAGUGGGACAGUAGAAUUGCCUGCGCUAGUGAAUAGUCCCAGCAGUCGGGGAACCAGUGCCUCCCCCAAACCCCUGCCCAAGGCUCCUGGCAGCAAGAGUUCUUCUCCUUCCCCCAGUACAGCCAACAAGAAUGCCACAUCCACCGUUAAUACUAGUACAGCAACGACAGUCUCCAGUGCGACACAAGACUUAUUGGGAUUAGAAACAUCCAGUAUCACUGCAACAUCGGAUUCGUCAGAUCCUUUUGGAGAGUUUCUUGCUGCUCCUGUUAGCCAGACAACUACUUCAGCUUCCAGUUCUACAUCAGCACCAGCUGAUUCCACAAAGACAGAAGAAGAAAACUUUUUCAAUCAAAAGCUGCCAGAGAGUGGGGCUGGCCAAGACAAGUUAACCAAAGAUUCAAUUUUAGCACUUUAUGGCCAAAGUCCUUCUCAGCCUCAGCCUGCCCCUGGCAUAUUCGGAGUCCCUAGUGGUGUAUAUAUGGCCCCCACUGGUGCUCCUACCACCAUUCCAACUCAAUCCUUAGGGCAACCACCACCAGGAAUGCAAAAUGGUGGAGUAGUGCCUCAGGCUCAGCAGCAGAACAUGAUGUUUAUACCUCAGCCUGGCAUGCCAGUUGGAAGUGGUGUUCCCAACCCGUUCUUCCCCAAUGGAGUACCGCAGGCUGUUCAGCUGUCUGCAGCUAAUCCAUUUGCACAGAUGCAGUCCCAGUUAGCAAAUCUCAGCAUGACUGGGCAGUCAGGUGUCAUGGGUCAGCCUCAUCCUGGCUUUGUUGGACCUUCCCCUGGCAUGAUGGGAGGCAUGAGCAUGCCUGGGGGUAUGCCUACAGCAUCAAUGGCAGGAACUGCCAUGUCUAGCACCGUAUCAACAGGAGGAUUUGCAGCAGCAACCAGCAGUGGCAGUGCUGGUGCUGGUGGCACCACCACUUUGGCCACCAAAUUAUGGCAAUAACUAGGGUGUGACUUAGGAGAACCCUGUGCUGCCACCUGACACUCCCUUGGUGCUUCAGCCCACCCACUGUAGGUUGAACCAGGUGAGUGCCCUGCCUCAUCCCUGAUAUUAAACUUACAGAACUCCAGUCUUCUAUUCCUGCAACUACCACUUCUACUUUAAUUAUUGUGUUGCUUAUUUCUCACCUAUAUCAUCAUGCUCUCCACAGAACCAAGCAGGCCCACCAAGGCCUGCUGUAGGGGGCUGUGUUGUGGGAAAGUUUCUCCAGUUGGUGCCAGGGAACACUAAAAAUGUGAUUAAUGUCUAAAAUUUUCAUGUAGUAUUUUGCAAUCAUUUAUUGAUACAGUUAUACUGUUACAUGUAAGAAGAGUAUAUUUGUGUGUUGAAAAUAUGUUGACUGGUGUUUGAAGUGUUUUAAUACAUUUAAAAGAAUAAAAGCUUUUUUGUUUUUGGAGAUUGUAAAUAUGUAUUUGCUGUGGAGCGCCAGGCCUGAGUGUGCUGGUGAUACUCUACACUUCAAGUUCUUCAGUCACAGUUUUUUUCCAGUGACCUUAGUAGGAGUGCAAGUUGUUGUGGAACAUAUGUGGUUAUGUUCAGUGUGGUGGUUUUUCUCUACAUGUAUUAUCCCAGCCAGGCACACUUGAAAAGUAAGACAGUGCAAGAAGCUGACCAAGAAACUGUUGAAGUACAUAAAGAAAUAUCAUUGCACUUGAAUGUGCAAACACCAUAAAACACAUGUACUGACACACACACACACACACACACACACACACACACACACACACACACACACACACACACACACACACCAUACUUAUGCAUCUGUUGUAUGCAGAAUAUAGUGGUUUUCAAUUUUGGUUAUUAUCAUUCAAAUUUUCCAUGGUCUAGGUUUCCUAAUUUUAGUGUAAGUCAUGUUGUGCAAUGCUUUUCUCAUAUAACUUACUGAAUUUUUUUUUCCACAAAACAACUAUUAAGGAUUCCAUAAGAAAUUACUGGAAAAACAGUUUUAUCCUAUCCUGAGAGCAUAAAAUGCCUUGGCAGAGAAAAGGUGAUCUUGAACUGUAGUCUUCACUUACACUUGUGGGCUCUAAAGAAAACACCUACUGAGCAUAAAAGUGUAAGUUAAAUAUAUGUGUGUGCAUUAUGCAUUAUAUCAAAGUUUGAAUGUAAAUUAUUUGUGGUUAGAAGUUUAUAAAUUUUGCACAUAGACAUUGUUGCCUUGAGGAAUGAUGUACACAGAUCAUUAAAUUUUUCUUUGUUAUGAUGACCAUGUUAAUGACACUUAAGUGUUAAUUGUGAAGCACCUCUAGGAAGCCAAAGCUAUAGAUAGUCUUGGGUGUCUUACCACAGGUCAGAAUUCACUGAAAAUAUCUCAAAUGUUCUCGUGGCACACCCUUACUGACGGCAACACUUCAGAAUUAUGUGUAUACUCAGGUUGGCCAUUGAUUUUCUGGUGAUUGCUGGCUGUUCCUACUGCCAAUAGAGAGAAAUUUACACAUGAUAUUUCAACAAAUCUGUGCUUCUUCUGUAUGUGGAAUUUUGUUGAAGUGGAGGCAUACAUAGAAGUGCACUACUUGUGCAACAUUUCAGCUAGCCAAUAUUUGUUCAUGCAUUUAAUGUUUGUAAUAUAUUGCAGGUUUUUCUGUUACAUUAUCUUUUUGCUUAGUCUUCAGCACUACCACCUUGAUAGGACACUGUGUUUGUUGUGCUGACCAUUGGUCAGGCUUGCGAAAUGUGUCAUUAUAUCAAAAUUCUGGAUCACUGCUCAAAUGGUGAAAAGGUUCAGAAGGUGAAAUAAUCCACAGCAGUUUGUUGUACACAUUUACAAUUAAGACAGCCAAAAUGCAUGGACACAACUUUUUUAUUUCUCCAGUUAAAAUUUAGUUAGAGACUUAAGUCACAAGUUCUUUGCAACUAGUGUGUUGAAAAUUUCAUUAAACAGAACUUGCAUGGUUUGAUGCACUCAUUGUCUGGAUAUAUACUAAUAGACAUGCUGCUCCCAAUGCAGCACAGAUUUUUGCUGAUCCUUAACUGACAUUUUCCAGUCUGACAUUCAUAUGGAAUUCUUCAUGUCCUCAGACUCCAUCAAAAAUCUUUUACUUGUGGUUUCUUCUCUAUAUUGAGAUUUUUUUGCUCUAAUUUCUUUGCCACAUUAAUACAUCCACAAUCUUCAAAUCUAAAGUAACUUUUUCUCAAACACUUAUCCCACUUUGACUCCUACAACAAUAUCCAGAUUUCUUGAAGUCAUCGUUACAUCUCGUUCUCAUCCUGCCCCUCCACCUGCAGUCUCUGAGAGCUCUAAUGAUAUGUUACAGCAGACAACAGUUAAUGCUUUGAGUACUAAGCAUUAGUUUGUCUUUUUACAAAAUGUUUUAUGGGUUAGCUCAGUCUUGUGUUCAUGGAAUUACAUUUUCUGGCACAGCCCAGGCCUCACUUGUAAUGGAAAAUCUAUGGUCAAUCUGUAUGUACAUAAUAUAGUGUAGUUGAGUAUGAUACAUUGGUUGGCCAUAUCAUUCCACAGUAUAAGUAAUUCUAGUAUAUGCAUUAUGUGUUCAUCUUUUAUAUGUAUAUUAUGUUUCAUGCUUUUCACUUAGGAGUAUGUAUGUGCUGUGACUUUGCAUCAUAAAUUAGCAGUAAACACCUUUGACACCAGUGUAAUAAUGUAAUAGCAAUAAACCAAACAUUUGGAUUCAAUGAACAGUUUGUUUGGGAUUUUGGUUUUAAAAACAUCAAUAUGAGGAAAAAUUUACAGAACUGAUUUUUUUUCUUAAUCUCUUUUUAAAAAGGUUGCACCAUCUUUGCCCCUUUGUUUGUAUUGUUCACAGUAAAUAAAGGCUGUGCUCAAUCCAUCCAGUGAAGCAUGCUUUGAUAGAUAAGUUAAUGAUAUUAAUUAUUUAAAGAGCAACAACAACAAAAAAAUGCAAAAAGUCUGUUCAUACCAUAACUGAAAAAUCAGCAGCAUUAAUUUCAUGAUGAAUCAAGUGACUUCUUUUACAUGUGAUAAAAAAAUGUCAUUAAUUGUUUACCAUAGAAUGUUAUGACAUGUUACUCAGUUCAAAUAAAAUUAUAUCAUUUAGUGUAAAUGUAUGGACAUAUGAGUAGUUCAGUUUAUAUAUUCUUUUCAUUUGAGGUUACCUGAUUCAAAGGACAUCAGUAUCAGCAUCCUGAAGCAAAAAAAAUGCUGCGGUAUGAAAAGCUUUGUUUCAGCACCACUAGUCUGUUUGGCAUUUCUUCUUUUAUUUAUACAGCAGCUGUUGCCUGCCCAUGUGGGAUUAUAUUUUCUCUACCCUAAUCCCUUUGAAAAAUCUAUUGUAGCUGGCAAAAAUAUUGAUACAUAUUUUAAGUCCCAUGUCUUCGGGCUAAAACAAUACGUGGUGGUGAUUGUCAUUCACUUAGCAGAUUAAAUAUAUUCAGAAAAGUUGAGUAAUUGUGACCUUGCUUUCCAUCAAAAUGGAGCUGCAGUGGCAGUAGCUCAAGCUUGUUGGUCAGGAGGUGAUGAACAUGCCUUUCGCUCUCUCAUCUUCAUGUGAGCUUGACCCGCUUAAUUAAGAGAGUGGAAAGCCAUAGUGGAGGCACAGUACAUAAUACAGGCAUAAUACCCUUAAAUUCUACAUGCUAAUUAUUAUUAUGCCCAUGAGCUAUUUAGAGUAAGAAUGCACAUCUUAGUUCCUGUGUAUAUCAUAAAAAGAUACAGAAGGGGCAUAGUUCCUAUGCUACAGAUGUUGAAGUGGGCCACCUGUCAACUGUUUUUAUCUUAGUACUUGUCAAAAUGGUCACAUAACCUUCUUUGUUUCCCCAUCAUGCAACUGAUACCUAUUCUUAUCUAUUAUUAUUAUUAUUAUUAUUAUUAUUAUUAUUAUUAUUAUCAUUAUCUUAUUAUUAUUUUUAUUAUUUAUAUUAUUAUUAGGAAUAGAUGCCUAUGCUGUUACAAAGUGAUUAUGGCAGACAUAAACUCCUGAUGCAAGAGGUUCAAGUUUGGGCUGGAGUACCUUUCAACCAUUUUUUGUUCAGAAUACUGUCAUAAAUUUCCCACUCUGCUAUUGUUAAAAACUGGGUCAUGAUGAUGAUGAUGAUUAUCAUUAUAAUUUUUUUUCUUUUUUUUCUUCUAGGAUAAAGAGGAUUUGAAUAAUGUGUCAGUAUUUAGUACUUGUGUUGUUAGAGAAGAAUAAAAGGGGACAAUAUUUGAAGAGUAGAACCCCUUCCCCAGACACUUUCUCCUAUAUUACAAGGUGCCCCACACAAGAAAACUUUGUGGUAUAUAGAUAGGUAGACAGAUAGAUGGAAAAAGUAGUAGGGAAACUCAGGCUGAAGCAUGUGUACUAUAUCCUCAAAAGUUUCAACAAGUGUCUUCUUCAGAGAGAAUGUUAAAGACAUACAGAGUAGCAGUACGUACAACCCUGCUCGCAGAUCAACCUGUAGGAAGUCCUGAUAUCUCCAUUGGGCAAUUUGCACCAUUUUUUGUGGCUACCUUCUUAGGGAAGCAUGAAUUGCAUUGCUGCUGCUUUCUGUGUUCAUGUGUCUGAGGUGGGCACCCGCAUAUGAAUUCUUAAUCACCCUUAUGUAGGUUGAUUGAUUACCUUUGCUUCUAUUGUCAUCACUUGUAAUGUAUAUCAUGGUGUCAUAAAUCUUUGUUAUACAUAUUUUUACCCAUUUAUUUUUCCUAGCUGCUCUAUACUACUGGAGAUUCUAAGCUUCACAAUUAAAAAAAUAUUUUUAGUGUUAACCUUAUAUAUAUAUAUAUAUAUAUAUAUAUAUAUAUAUAUAUAUAUAUAUAUAUAUAUAUAUAUAUAUAUAUAUAUAUAUAUAUAUAUAUAUAUAUAUAUAUAUAUAUAUACACACACGGCUUCACUAGGAUUUUUCCAUUUUUCCCUAGGGAUCCUAAAUGCCUAGGCACUUUGUGUGGGGGUCCCAAGCUAAAACUUGAGAGGCCCAAACUCGUAUAUAAUUUUGAGAGCAAUAUCAAUUGGCUUUGAUGUGUCAUUGAUGAUGGAGCAGAAAUCAAUUCAAUAGCCUGUGGUUUAGGUAUGGAUUUAUCCUGAGUUAUAUGAGGGUGGAUAAGUGGAUUGGUGAAAUAGGGCGAAGGUAGGCAAGAGGGGCCUGGUUUAACUAGCUAUUUUGGAGAAAAAACGCAUCACCAAGACGCAGACACAGUUAUUCCUGUGCAUCCUAAGCUAUUUUUGUUCAUAUUUCACCUGAAGUCUCAGUCACGGGUUAUGUAAGCCCUGUAUAUAUAUAUAUAUAUAUAUAUAUAUAUAUAUAUAUAUAUAUAUAUAUAUAUAUAUAUAUAUAUAUAUAUAUAUAUAUAUAUAUAUAUAUAUAUAUAUAUAUACUAUUUUCUCUGUCCUUUUUUCAUCUAUUGUUGCCCAGUAUUCAUGUAAGCUAGCCAGCUAUUAACAUUGUCAAACAAUUUUAUUUAUGUUUAUAGAAAAGAUUGUGUGAUUACUGAUGAGUCACUUGACACAGUUUGGCAUUUUGUGUGUGCUCUUAUUUGCUCAUGACAGUUAGAAUGUUAUCAACAUUUUUACUUGUAGGAAAAAUUAUUUGUAUGUAUCCAUCAGUUAUUCAGCAAUAACAGUUAAUUAUGUGCAAGCGAUAACACAUGGUUGAGGAAGGCUCAAUUUGAUUUAUGAUUUACAUAAUCCAAGGUGCUGCUGAGCCCUCAGGAAGUGUGUCCCACUUGUGCUGUGUGUUUGUGUGCAAUUUAAGGUGCUGAUUAUGUGUGACUGAGAAAGCCAGUUACUUUGUACAUAAUUGAUAUUUGAGGAUGAUGAAUCUUGCAAGUAAUUUAGACCCUCAGCAUGCACUUAUUUUGUACACAAAAGUUUUCGUCGUUUCUGAUAUUUCACUAUAAUUUCAUGCGUGUCACACUCCUCAACCUACAUGUGUUAUCCCUAGCACAGCAACACAUAAUCUAUCCACUGCAUACAUUUGUUAUCAGUACAAGAUACUUGGAAAACACACUAGUCAGCGGAAACCAUAUUGAUGUUCAAAUGUCUCAAGACAGUAAAAUAACAAAUAUGGCCCUUGGCCUUGGGGUUGGCAUUAGUUGAACUGUGUCAUACUCCAUCAAAGACAUUUACUAGUAUUCUCACAUAUCAGUGUAAGUUGCACUAAAUACUACUUGGUAUGGAAUAAAAGAUACUCAUGUAAAAUCCAUAUCCUUGUCAGUACCCAGUGAACAUAUUCUCAUAAGCAUAAACUCCCUAGGUUUCUUUCAGAAUAUUUAAUUACUAAUUUAUUGACAUAAUACAAUCUAGAAUCUAACGAUAAACAAUGAUUUGCCAGCAAUAGACAAAAUCCUAGCACAGCAAAUAUCACCUUGUUUAUAUUAGGUUAUAGAUCAAACAAAAAUUUGGAAAAAAUAGUUGAUUUACAUAGUAUGUCAUUACCAAAUUGUUUCCUCUUCUAAAUAACCUGACAGAACUUCCUAAUUUUUUUCAUGUUAUUUCUGUGUGUAUGUAGUAAAAAGACAUAAUUUAAAAUAUAAAAAAGUAAUGUGAUGUAUUAUUCUUUUAUUUAAAGAGAACUGUGGUUCCAUGAUUGCCUUAUAAAUUGUAGAAUUGAAAUUUCCAUCAUAAAAUAACGUGUUGAUAUUACUAUGAUAUCACUAAAGGUUGACUCAGUAA